AUGGCCGACUUUGGUGUAAUACCUGUCAUGGAGAUAAACUGCGAAGCUCCCAUGUCGACACUCUACGCAGAGCUGGACGAACAGGAACAACGCAUCACUGCAGGUACUCCAGGCAGCGGCAUCAGCACUGGCAUUCCAAAGGUGGAAGUCAGCAUGGCCAACGCCAAGAAGGUCGGAAGAGUCAUUGUAGCGUACUAUGGUACUGUUCCCAAUGGUUUCUUGGCCACUGUGGUGGGAUUGCACGUCGACGCUGCCAAAACAGCCACCGCCGCAAAGACCUUUCGCAGGAUGAAGAGCGACCUCUUUGUCGAGAAGUUCGGCACAGGCUCCUUCAUCUACAAGUUCGCUCGCGGCAAGGUUAGCACGAUCAACUUCUUGACCAGUCAACACAACUUCGCCAUCGACGCGCGCAUCUGCGAGUUCCCGGUUCCAAACGAGGAUGAGGGAGCCAUUGUCUGGGUCGACACCUACACUGUCGCAUUCAACAAGGCUAAAGCAGCACACGAAAAAGCACGUGGUCUUGGGAAAGUCCGAUUGGCACGAACCCGCGACCUUUGCGAGACGCUCAUGGCAAACCCGCCCCGUUGCGCUGUCGACGUUGCGACGCUCCUCGAUCGGCGCGCAUGCGAACAAGCAAAGUUUAUCCCGUUGCUGGACCGUACGAUGGACGAGCGCGUCAGGUUCUGGUUCGAUCACGUCACCAAAGACACAAUCGCGUCUGACCUUGAGGCAGCGAUGUCUGUGGUCGACAUUCGGCGCAUAUGCAUCGAUGAAGUCGCGAACCCUCCGGAUGUCAUCUCUCCGUUCCACACAAUUGUAGGGAACGUGUUUGCGUACUCUUGCGAGCUUCUGCAUCGUCUUAUCAUCGCGCCGGAGGACGGCAAGCGUAGGCUGCUGCUGCUCAAUGAUCGUUCGCUCCGAAUGGCAAGCGUCGACAUGUCGGCUGACCGGUCCCCCGAAUGCUUCGAUCUCAUCCGCGGCCUUCGCAACUCUCUGGACUUUGGGGCAGCAGGAAACGGAUCAUGGAAGGAUAUCCCUGUGUUGGUCCCAGAUACUCGAGGCAAGAAGCGCUCAGCGCCUGAGAAAGAUGGACGGAACACCAACUAG